GCGGGCGAGGCAGCGCAGCGCAGCGCAGGGCAGCGGGAGCCGAGGCCAUGGGCAAGUCAGCUUCCAAACAGUUUAAUAAUGAGGUCCUGAAGGCCCACAAUGAGUACCGGCAGCAGCACGGCGUCCCCCCGCUGAAGCUCUGCAACAAGCUCAACCGGGAGGCUCAGCAGUAUUCUGAGGCCCUGGCCAGCACGAGGAUCCUAAAGCACAGCCCAGAGUCCAGUCGUGGCCAGUGCGGCGAGAACCUCGCGUGGGCAUCCUACGAUCAGACAGGAAAGGAGGUGGCUGAUAGAUGGUACAGUGAAAUCAAGAACUACAACUUCCAGCAGCCUGGCUUCACUUCGGGGACUGGACACUUCACGGCCAUGGUGUGGAAGAACACAAAGAAGAUGGGAGUGGGGAAGGCAUCUGCAAGUGACGGGUCCUCCUUCGUGGUGGCCAGAUACUUCCCCGCGGGGAAUGUUGUCAACCAGGGCUUCUUCGAAGAAAAUGUCCUGCCUCCGAAGAAGUAAUUCAAAUGUAAUGGGAAGGUGGCAGACUUGAAUGUGCAUACAAAGUGCCUAGAACAACAAAAGCCCAGCUGUGUGUCUGUCCCUGGGGGUACAAGUGCUUGUGUGUGUGAUGCACGUGAGCAUCUCUUGUACACACACUAGGAUAUACAGUUCUGCAUGAGCUCAUUCUCGUUAAAGAAAUGAGCAUAGGAAGUAUUUACCCUGAUGGUUAGUUACCUAGGUCACAGCUAUUUGGAUUUCGGGGGGGAAAUCAAUUUUUAAAAUUUUUUUGUUAUUUUAAGCUCUUUUGUACCUUUCUUACUUCUAAUAUCUGUCCCUGGACUUUUUGUAUUUCAAAUAUUUGUGAUGCU